UGGGAAGGAUCCAGGGGUUGUGGGGAGUGUGGAAGCAGGGGGCUAUCAGUGGGUUAGUUGAGGGGGCCUCCGCAGCCUUCUAGGUCCCUGGCUGUUAGUAAACUGGCCCUUCCCUAGCCUCUGUCCUUUGUCUUCCAGGGAGCAGGGUCUGUUCCUACCUGACGCUGCCAGGCCAGACGCCCUCAGCACAGCCCCCACUGAGACUGGGGUGAGACAGUUGGGCUAAAGGCACUCUGAAAAUCAGGCCCACGCAGCAGGUGUUCACUGUCCAGGCCAAGACCAGUGAAGGUUUGAAAGCUUCAGAGAGAGCCGCUGGAGGGACACACAAAAGCCCUUUGUCCAGGCCACGUGGUUUCCUGGAGGGAUGCCCUAGACACCGACUCCUCCCUGAGGGGGUUGGGGUGGGGUCCCAGCACAGAGCUGGUGGCCUCAGCAGGAGGAACACUGUGCACCAAGGUUAGAUGCAGCUCCAGAAAUCUCCCCUGAAAGAAAGGAAGCAGCCGGAAUUGUGGGGUACCUGGGCACAUCCUCUGGAGACUACAGGGUCUUCUCACCCUCCCAGUGGGGGAAUGGUCACUCCUGAUCUCAGAGGCUGCGUUUGCAGUAACUUGUAAUACAUUAUAAAUGUAGAGGCAACUCUCAAAACAAUCCGAGUCACCCCCCCUCCCCCAAGUGCCAGUGACUAUAGAGAUGGAUGGACCACCACAGGGAGGGAAACCUCUGGGGUGAGCCUGGGAGAUCCGACCCUCCCCAACACAUACAGAAAAACUGACAUUAUUCACUUCAUACAAAUUUCCUCCUUUGUGACUUGGGGACAUUAAGAAAUCUUCCCUCCAAGGUGAGGAUUAAGCCGUUCCUGAUGACAACUGUGUUAGUUGUCCAGGCAAGUUCAAAGGCGAUGCAGGGGGCACCCCUUGGCAGGAGGCUCUCACCAACCCCAGCAUUAUGCGGGACUGGGAGAGCAGGGAGGGUGGGCCAAGCCUAGCGGCACUUUGAUGGCCUCUGCCUUCUCCACCUCCCAGGGCAGCAGUCCCAGCCCCUCCACCGCCUCAGUGCUCCCCCUCCCACUCGCCAAGCCCUGUGCUCCUGCUCCUCCAUCCAGGUUUUCAGUUGGAGGCCAAUGAGGAAGCUAAGAAGGACAGUGGGAGGGCGGUGCGGGAAUGCCCCUGGCAGGUCUGAGGCAUCGGGGGAAUUCCAAGCAGUCUUUCCGGGUGCCCAGAAUCACCUCCCGUCCCUGUGCGGCUAGGGAGCCCGCGGGAUAUUCUGCCACACGCUGCUGACUCCAGAGCCUAGGACCUGGGCCCGUGAGACCUCAGCUAUGGUGGGCCCUCGGCACCCAGUGUCAGUCCGUGCAGCAGCUCUGGUGCAGAUAGAGAAGCUCCAAAUGUUUGCCUUCUGUGUGUGCUGGUCGGAUGACAGCAACACCUUGGUGCGGAGGAGCUGGGACGAGUUUAAGAGGCUCCAUAAGAUCCUCAAGGAGACCUUCCCGGUGGAGGCAGGCCUGCUGCGGAGAUCCGACCGAGUUCUCCCCAAACUUCCAGGUCAGGCACCAGGGAUUCUGGGAGGGGUAAGGGGAGGGCAGGAGCAGCAACCUGGUGAUGGGCGCCCUGGGGUGGGGUCCCAUGGUCUGUCCCCUGUGGUGCCCAUAGACGCAUCUACAUCACUGUUGGCGCGUGGGGGCCGCAAAGGCCGUGGCCUGGCGCGCCUGCAGCUGCUGGAGGCCUAUUCCCGGGCGCUGCUGGAGGCAGAGCAAGUAUCCAGGGGGCCGGUGCUCACCGCCUUCUUCGAGCCACAGCUCCAGGACCUGGAGCCUUCACUACCGCUUGGCAGCCUGGUGAUCCUGCCCGUCCUGGAAGAGCCCCCACCCCGCCCUGUGGGCAGUCUUGCUAUAGGCAGCCUGGAGGCUCUGCGCCUGCACUGUCUGCAGCCCUUCAGUACCCAGGAUACACGGGGCCAACCCUUCCAUGCGCAGGCCCAGGAGGCCCUAGACGUGCUGCUGCGACACCCCUCAGGUUGGUGGCUGGUGGCUAAUGAAGACCAGCAGACAGCAUGGUUUCCUGCUCCCUACUUGGAGGAGGUGGCCCUGGGCCGAGGACAAGACGGGAGACAGCCCUCAGGGAGAGCCCGCUCCCAGUUCUGUGCUUCCCGAGCCUACGAAGGCAGCCGGGCCGACGAGCUGUCAGUGCCUGCGGGGGCAAGAGUGCACGUGCUGGAAAUGUCCGACCGCGGCUGGUGGCUGUGCAGGUUCGGUGGCCGCACAGGCCUUCUCCCCGCAGUGUUACUGCAGCCGGAUGGGCUCGGCAAGCUCCUGAAUGGACCAGGGUUCCCUUCUGGGGCAGAGGGUGGGGAGAACAGGGCGGGGGAGGCCCAAAGCUCCCCUGAGUCCCCCCAGGUCAUGACACUUCCUCCUACUGUGCCAGCCCGCCCCCUGCUGAGUGCCAUUCAGAGCCGCUGCUGCACCAUCACCCGUAGGGCACUGGGGAGGGACCCACGGAGUCAGGGACAUCCUUGAGGGUGUGUGGAACCGCAUGGAGAGUGCUGUGUACCCCACAGCUGGGGCGGCAGGCCAGAGGCUCCAGACCCCCGGAUGACUGAUGGCAGCCACACCGCCCCAGGGCAGGGGGAGGGUGGGGUUCUCUGGCUGGCAGGGCCAGGAAGCUACACUCUCCCAUUUCCUCUGAGUGAAGAUCUGAUUAACACACUC